AUGUGUUUAGCGCCGGAUGAGUUGCUGUCUCAGAUUAGUCAAGAGAUCGCUUAUCAUAAGGGGAAAGUAAAUUUGGAAACUUUUUGGAAUAUAACAAAACAAUUCAUUGACAUUAGUGAUAUUAGUAUUAAGGAUUUUGUGUUGAGAAACCUAUUGGCGGAUGAUGACAUCCAAUUCCUAUUUAAUGGCAGUCAACUAGAUCACAAAGAUGAACUUACUUAUUUUAAUUUAAACCAAGAGGAAUUGCAUAACUACGAAAUUAAACUAAGCGAUGAUAAAUUAUGGUUAUUGUUGACCAAUUAUACAUCCAAAGAUUCAAACAUUGGUGGAAUGGCUUUUGAGUUACUUUUAGAAAUUGCUAAGAAUAAGGAAAAAGGCAUUAACACUUUAACCCUUCAACGUAACACUAAGCAGGAUUCUAGAAGUUUUACGGGCAGAUUAAAUAAGUUAGGAUCCUUGAUUAUUUCUGAACCUUGCAUUUUUAAAGGUCAUGUCACUAAACAUUUGGUAUAUUACAAGUUUAAUAACACUGUUCGUGAGAAAAAGACAAAAAUUGUUGGAAGUGGGGACUAUAUUGACUGGAAGCGAUUCUUACCAAUUAUUGUAGAAACCGUUAAAAACUCCAAAAAUCAACUAAGACAAGUUCUAGAUUUGAGAAGAGAAUUGAAAUUUGACAAGGAAAGAAAAGUUAAGAGGAGGUUCCAAUCAGGUAUUACUUGGUUAGUGGAUAAUGGAUACUUAAAAAAGGUGUUUGUUUUAUCGCCAAUAAACAAUACUGUGAAAAUUGUUUGUGUUCAAUAUAUAAGGGAUUUAAAAUCAGAAGAGCAGGCCCUAACCAAUUUUGAUGAAAGCGAGAAUGAGGAAGAAGAAAAUGAUGAUGAUGAUGAUGAUGAUGAGGACAAAAUGCGUGAUGAAGAUGAAGAUACUAACGGGGCGGGUGAAGACGAAGAGGAACGUGCUGCAAAUCUAGCAGCUAAUCAAAACAUUUUACAAGCACCUUCUUUGAUUAUAGAAGAUGCACAAGAAAUAAAUGGUAAAAAAAAACAAUUUUUGGUAAAUAGAUUUCAUCCGUUACAAACAAUAACAAAUUCUUAUAUUUCACAGUUUGGUAAAGAAGGUGCUACUUCUAUGCAGACUAUAGAUAAUAUUUGUGGGAAUGAUUACAAAAGACCUUUCACUAGAUCGAUUGAAUUUUUCGCUGAUGCACCCAGUGUUUUGGACAACACACCAUAUAAUGGAUUCAGGUUGAUAAAAGUUUAUGAUUUUGAGGGGAAAAGAAAACACCACCGUUUUUUUACGGAGGAUAGUUAUUUGGCAUUGACCUCUCAGAAAAAAAAGAAACGAGGGCCUUUAUUUGAGCCCAUAAUUGAACAGCAACUAACAUUAAAGGAUUUGGAAGAGAAAAACUUAUCUGUUUUCCCCGACAUUCUAGGUGCCACUACGUUACCUAGUGGGGAAGAACAUUAUAUUUGGUAUAACGAUUUAAAUACGAAUGUGAAAAAGGAAGUGAAGAAAAGAACACAUAUUAUGGUUGAAGGUCCAAAAGCAUCUCGUCUAAAAGAGAAAAGAGCGAAAAUUAAACCGGAAAGGCCAUUACCUUCCACAGUUCAUCCUAGAACUCCAGGAGCAAUUGAGGUUAAUGGAUUUUCAGGGACAACUUUGAAAUCUUUACAGCGUCAAAGAGCAAUUAUGCAAUUGUUGAUGAAAAACAAAGGUGUUUUAGUUUACAGGGAUAGUAUUUUGGAGGAUGUUGCUAGGACCGUUGGCUUGAAAACAGUUUUGGACAGGAAAACAUUUUAUAGAGACAUUGAAGAUCUCCGGAAAUGUGGGAAGUUGCGUGUUCGGGAAAAUGGUUUUAAUGGUAAAAGUGUAUAUUUUGGAGCUGAAAUUAGUGAUGCGGAUAUCGACAAUUAUUUAGGCUCUUACAAAGAAUCUAAAAAGAAAACAAAGGUCUUAGAAGUUAUUAAAAGCUCGGAGCUAUAUUUUUAUGACAAGCGAGAAAAGGAUAAGUUCAACAGGGUUCCGAAAUCAGUCAAGAGAGUUGAAGAAUAUCAAGUUAGACAUAAUGAAGCAAAAUUAAAGAGAAUGGGCAAUAAAAAGUCCAGAUCAAGAUCUAGGAAAGUUGUUGCUGGCAAACCAACUAAAUCUAUUGCAGAUAUACAUGGAGAAAAAGAAGACGAAUCGACUGCGGAACAAAUAAUUUCGAACAAAGUGUCAAGGAAGACCAAAAAAGAGCCAUACACCGCGUCAUCUGUUCGGAACCUGAACUCUAAAGACGGUAUUGACUGUUUGAUGAAAUGUACUAUGAUUUCCAAGAGUUUGAAAGGACAGGUUUUAUGGACUGAAAUACAGAAAAUAUUUCCCAAAAAUUCACUUGCAAUUUUGAAAAAGCAAUAUAUUAAAAAAAGGACAAAGCUUGGACAUGACUAUAUAAAGUCAGAAAUCGCCAAGUGGAAAAGGAUCAUGGUUAAUGCAGUUCAGCAGGGUUUAGGUACUUUAGAAGACGCAGAAAAGUUUAAUUUGGCCAAGUUACUCUAUAUAUGGAAAACUCAUGAAAGCACCCAAAAAAAUAAACCAUUGAAAUUGUUCAAGGUUUACGAGAAGAAUUUUGAAACAUAUACCCUAGUAGAUAAAUAUACUUUUGAAUUUAAUGAUAAUGCAAUAACGAAAUCUUCGAUGGUACAACGACAAAAGCACAUAUUGAGGAAAACGUAUACGGUAGCUUCCAGGCUGAAACAAGAAGACACACCAGGCACUGAUGAGAUAAAAUCCAUAAUCAAGUCUGUAUUAAUUUCUGAUGAUGAAAUAGACACGAAUACUGUUGCUUUGUUGAAGGCAUAUCAAAAGGAUGACAUUGAUAAGGCAAUGAUUAGUAUGGCCAAAGAGAAGCAAUUGUCAUUUAUUGGAGCAUCUAAAUUACAGCUAACGGAUGUAUUCUUUGAUUUUAUGGUUAGCAAGGGAAGAUUGGAUUUUUUUGAAGGAUCAGCAUCGUUUGCCAGGAAGUUGAAUGAAAUUCUGUCUAACAACAAGGGGUGGAUACUCUCUGAAGAACCAAGUGGUUUUGCAAUGUAUAUUUAUUUGGGAAUGUUAGAAGCUUUGGAUCUUAAUGUUAUCAAUAUACCUGUAAACCAAAAAGAAGAGAAAUUUUACUAUGCUUCCAGAAGAUUUGAAACCGGUUCACUAAUUUCGCCGUUAUUACUUUUUCAAAAAAAGCAUUUAAAACAUUUUGGUAACCAAACUUGGAAAGUUCCUAUACCUUCUGGGCCUCCGUUUUCAAAACUUUGGAUUGAUAAAAAAGGCAAUAUAAGGGAUAAUAUUUGGAAAAAUAUGUUGGGUAUAGUUCUCUGGAAUGUAUUGUUUUAUCCAGGCAUUGAUGUAGGAGGUUUAUCUGAAAGGUGUUCGAAGGUGCUAUCUAGAAAAGAAAUAGAGAAUAUUGUAGAAUGGCUUGAAUCGAAUGAAGUUAUAGCUGUUGGAAAUUUAGAUGCUAUUAUGAUGAACCCCGGCUUUGCAGAACUUCAAAUGUUUGUCUAA